UCAUUGCCGGAGCGGCGGGCGGGUCCCGGCUUCACAGCAGCAUGUGGCGCGUGUUCGCGCGGCGCCUCGCCCCGUGCGCGGCCCCGCGGCGAGUGCCCGGCGCGGCGGGCGCGAGCCCGGCCCGGGGGGGCCGCGCCCUGAGUGGAGGGAGCUGGAGCCGGAGCGGCCCGGGCCCCCGGCCCGUGGGGCGGCUGCUGCCGCCGCCGAGGGAACCCUGGCCCCGCCUCGUCCCCCGGCGGUGGUGCAGCCUCCCGCCGCACCAGAAGGUGCCUUUGCCGGCUCUUUCGCCUACAAUGCAGAUGGGGACUAUCGCUCGGUGGGAGAAGAAGGAAGGGGAGAAGAUCAGCGAGGGAGAUCUGAUUGCAGAGGUGGAAACAGACAAAGCGACAGUGGGAUUUGAGAGUCUGGAAGAAUGUUAUUUGGCCAAGAUCCUGGUAGCAGAAGGGACAAGAGAUGUUCCCAUUGGGUCUGUAAUAUGUAUCACAGUUGAAAAGCCUGAGUUUAUUGAUGCCUUUAAGAAUUUUACCUUGGAUUCCGCAGCAUCUGCUGCUCCAGCAGCCUCAGUGCCUCCCCCUCCAGCGGCAGCUCCCCCACCACCAGGUCAGCCCUCUGUGCAGGCUCCAGGCAGCUCCUACCCUCCUCACAUGCAGAUUCUUCUCCCUGCUCUCUCGCCUACGAUGACAAUGGGCACGGUUCAGAGGUGGGAGAAGAAGGUUGGUGAGAAACUGAGUGAAGGAGACUUACUGGCAGAAAUUGAAACAGACAAAGCCACGAUAGGCUUUGAAGUGCAGGAAGAAGGUUACCUGGCAAAAAUUCUGGUGUCUGAAGGAACAAGGGAUGUGCCAUUAGGAACCCCACUCUGUAUCAUUGUGGAGAAGGAGUCUGAUAUUCCAGCAUUUGCUGACUACAGGGAGACUGGAGUACCUGACAUCAAACCACAAGCACCACCACCUAGUCCUCCCCCUCCGGCGGCAACACCUCCACCCCAGCCCACUGCUCCUUCAGCUCCAGCAGUCACAUCACCCGGGGCUCCCGCACAUAAAGGAAGGGUAAUAAUUAGCCCCCUGGCGAAGAAAUUGGCAGCAGAAAGAGGAAUUGACAUUGUGCAGGUGAAAGGUACUGGACCAGAUGGCAGAAUCACGAAGAAAGAUAUUGAGUCAUUUGUGCCUCCAAAGGUUGUCCCUCCCCAGGCAGCUCCUGUUGCACCUGCAGCUCCAAUAGCAGCACCACCUCCUUCAGGCGUCUUCACAGAUAUCCCCAUCAGUAAUAUUCGGAGGGUCAUUGCUCAGCGUUUGAUGCAGUCUAAACAAACAAUACCUCACUACUAUCUGUCUAUUGAUAUAAAUGUGGGAGAAAUACUGGAGCUCAGGAAAGAACUUAAUAAGGAGGUGUCAGAGAACAUUAAGCUUUCUGUCAAUGAUUUCAUCAUUAAAGCUUCAGCUCUGGCAUGUGUGAAGGUGCCUGAAGCCAAUUCCUCAUGGUUGGACACUGUUAUCAGGCAAAAUCAUGUAGUGGAUGUUAGCAUUGCAGUGAGUACUCCUGCAGGGCUUAUAACACCCAUCGUGUUCAAUGCGCACAUAAAGGGACUGGCUUCCAUUAGUAAAGACGUUGCCUCUUUGGCAGCCAAAGCACGAGAAGGUAAACUUCAGCCCCAUGAAUUCCAGGGAGGCACUUUUACGGUUUCCAAUUUAGGAAUGUAUGGGAUUAAGAAUUUCUCUGCCAUAAUCAAUCCCCCUCAGGCAUGUAUUCUGGCAGUUGGUACUUCAGAAAACAGGCUGGUGCCAGCAAAUAAUGAGAAGGGGUUUGAUGUGGCCAGCAUGAUGUCCGUUACUCUCAGUUGUGACCAUCGAGUUGUGGAUGGAGCAGUUGGAGCCCAGUGGCUUGCUGAGUUCAAAAAGUUCCUUGAAAAGCCAACAACCAUGCUGCUAUAAUCGAACCAAACAACCAAGACUUUCCUAGGUCACAUUGUUCUGUUCUAAUCAAGCUAUUUAUAUUUCAGUGAUUAGACUCUAUUAAACAAAUUUUCCUUUUUUAUUUUAAA